AUAAUAAUUUGAUAGACUUCCGUAACCUUUUUCGUCAAUCUCGUUAACCUAAUUUUUUGCUCUGUUGUAGCUGUAUUAUUUGCUCAAGGGUUUAGCGUAUGCAUCAUCAGCUUACGGAAAAUAUUUUCAGAUUAUUUGACUGUCUUGGCUAUGCGUCUGUAUCCGAGUGACGACCGUGAAAAAUGCUGUGAGUUUUUUAUUGCAGAGAAGUAUUAUAUCGAGUUAUACUCGUAUCUUUUAAAACUGUCAUCAUGAAUGGAAUAAUAGUAGCUGUGAUUACUAUCGGGAUGUUAGGCUGCACCUCUGCACAGGAUCUCACCGGUCUGAUUAACAGCGCCUCAUCCCUGGGCACUUCCCUGGGAAAAAUUGUCGAUGCCGUGGCCGUGGUGUCACCCAGUCUGUUGAGCAAUCUGACCGGCAUCGUCGCGUCCGCCAACACGUUUUCCGGCAGUGUAGCCAGUUCGUCGAACAGUAUUGUCGGCAGUUCCACCGGCAUCCUGUCCUCGACGAACACCAUAGGAGCCAAUAUGGCCACACUCAGCACUCUCAUGACGCAGAUGCGACAAAAUCCCAUUAGCAAGAUCAACCUUCGGCUGGAUGGACCGCGAACUAGCGGUGAUCUGUUCACGAUACUGUUUACCUGAUUCUUACGGGAGUAGUUAAGCUUUCUAUGUGCGCAGGAGGCGCACACGAUUGGAACUUCUUCUACAGUGUGUUUCGACCAUGCAACCCGAUGGCCGAUGCACAUAUCACAGACGUACCCAUGAUAUGUAAUUAUUUACUACAGCAUGCUUAUACUUUGUAUUUACUGGCUGCACAUGUUGUUAUGCAUUUUAUCGGUGGGUUUAAAUUUCCGAAGAAAACUAUGUACGAGCAGUACAGACUGUAUGUAGGCCAAAGCCGGCCUAGCGAGACGCGUUUCUUGAUAAACUGUCG